GAUUUUCAAAUGUUAGGUUAUAUCGCACCUGGCCCCAAGCAAAAGGGUAAAGUCAAGUUGCCCUUCAAAUUAAGACACAUCCCAAGUAGGAGGAGCUUCCCAAAAUCAUAACCUGAACAUGCCCAGAAAUCAUAACCAUCCAAGAAGAAACAGAGAAUUUGUCUCAAGCAUUUGAUCAAACAGCUCUCGGGCUUCCCUCAUUCGACAACAACGAAUAACCAGUAACAACUGAAGUCCAAGCCCUCGCAUUCUUGCCUGCAAACGAGUCAAAGAGCACUUGAGCCUCGUCUAAUCGGCCAUUUUGGGCGUACCCACAAAUCAUAGAGUUUCAAUCCAAGCUGCAGUCUCUCUGAAUCAUAUCAUCAAACAGUCUUCGAUCUUCUUCAUCGACUCGGCCGAGCCUUUCAAGCUCUUCAAUCCUCCUCGUGUUGCAUUGAAAAAGGUUGGAUCGUGGGGUCUCUUCUCUUCAAUUGGUUGAGCGGGAGAGAGAGCAGCGAGAGAAACAAAAGUUAUCGCCGCAAUUAGGAACUGUUUGGCUUGUGAGGUCUCUCUCUCUCUCCCUCCCCCCCCUCCCUCUCUCUCCUAUUUUUGUCCAUUGAAUCCGUCUUUAAAUUACAUAUACAUUCAGUCUCUCAACUAUUUCCCCAAUUUUCCUGGGAAACAAACGCAUCCCAGAUUGAAUUUUUCUGGAACCCUAAUAAAAAUUUUGAUAUGGAGAGUUGUCGCCCCUGUAAGAGUUGUGGAAAGAGGACUAUCGUCUCCGACGACGCAACGUGCAGCUUGGUCUGCUCGUCGUGCGGAAUCAUUCAAGAAUUUGAUGAUUUACAGCACCAUUUUGGCGGCCUCAGUGGCCCCGCCGGGACAUUUGUCCGCACCGGCACUGCCGGUACUGGUAAUGUCUAUCGUUACAAGGAAACAAAAAUAUACAGGGCUAAAGAGACCCUUGAACGCAUUACUUCAUUGUUGAAUUUUUGGCCUUCCAAGACGAAUGAGGUUAGGGUUAUGGUGGAGACUAUUACUGAGGGAGAGUAUGGUCAGGGUGUUUGGUUACCUGUACUUAUUGGUGCUUGUGCUUAUGUUGUUAUGCGAAACGAUAAUAAACCUUUGCCGCUUUUUGAGGUGGCCGAUAAGGUCGGUUGUGAUAUUUUUGAACUUGGUCGGAUGGUUAAUCGGGUUGUUGAUUUUCUUGAAUUGAAAUUGCCGGAGUUUAAUAUAGUGAAUUCAUUUGAAUGGGUGGUCAAAACUUGUUUUGAUGAAAAUUUAAUGGAUAAGGAAAAGAUUGAGAGAAUUUUAAAACAAGGGAUUUUUUUAAUGCAGUGUUUGGUGAAGUGGUAUUUGACGACGGGGCGGAGACCGAUUCCGAUUGUUGUGGCCGUAUUGGUAUUUGUUGCACAAUUGAAUGAGGUUGAUGUUCGGCUUGAGGACAUGGCAAAGGAAUUACUUGUGGCUGUUCAUACAUGCAAGUUGCGGUAUAAGGAGCUUUUAAAUAAUCUUGUGAAAGUUGCACAAGCAUUGCCUUGGGGCAAGGAUAUUACGGUUGAGAACAUCAUGAAGAAUGCACGGUUCGUGAUUCAAUAUAUGGAAUUGAAGUCAAUGUCUAAGCACGGUGAGAAGAGGAAACGUUUAGAGCAUGUUGGAUUUGAUUUGGAUGGUUUGGUUCGUGAUUGUUUGAGCAAAGAAGUUGAAUUUGGAAUGGAUAGUUAUGGCAUGGAAAAUGAUUCUCAAUAUUUUGAGGUAGAAGAUCCAACUGGUUCCCCAAGAUGGAGUAUAGAUGAUUUGGAGAAGCUCAAGAUUUCACAUGAAUGCUUGUCACUGUUAUAUUCAAAGUUAUCAAAUGAAGUUUCUAAUGCCAAUUCAGUGGGUGAGAGUGGGAGUGACAAUAGAAGGAAAAGGGGGAUGGGGUUUGACCUUUUUGAGUGUAGGGAGUGGUGGAAAGGAAAAUCAGAACUGAGCAAAAAGCUUUUCCUCAAGCAAAUACUGGAGAAAGAUGUAGGACUCAAUGCUUUGCCUCCCUCUUUCGUCUCGGGAUGCUUGGCAUAUCAAAGGAGGAGAGAAAAGAUAAAGGCUGCUAAAGUGCGUAUCAAUAAGAUUAUGUGUCCGCCAAAUGCCAAUUCAGGUGACAGGGAUGAUGACCUUUGCAUUUUGGAAUGCUUAAAUGGUGGGAAUAAACGAAGGAGAAAGAAAAUGGCCAUUGAUGUUGAUUGGGAAGAUUUUAUUAUUGAGACCCUUCUCCUUCAUCGGGUGGAGGAGGAGGAAAUAGAGAAGGGGCACUACAAUACCUUACUGGACUUGCAUGUCUUUAACUCUGGAGGUGUGUAAUUAGCUUCAUCACGGUUGGAAUUGUGGCUUGAAUCCACUCAACUGCAUCGGUCACUGCACUAUUAGAGAGAAGCUUUGUAUUUUGUACUCCUCCAGCAGGAGGGAAUCUAUUUUUGUUACCUAUUUCUGCAAAAUUAAUACAAGGCUUCUUCAUUGCAGAUUGUUUUGUUUAGUACUUUGUGUCGUCAGACGAGACUGUGCAACCACUGAAAAAAGGAGACAAGAGGUGCACCUGGCAGCAACAAAUACCUCCAACAAUAUCAAUCUGCACAAAAUUUGGUUGGAGUAAACGGAAGAAAUAUAACUGGAACAAGACAGUGGGCGCCAAUAUUGAAAACCAACUGCAGACAAUGGGUGCCGAUAUGAAACAACUCUGUCAAAAUUUAUGCAUGAUGUGAUGCCUUCAUUUUCACCAGAUUUCAUGGAAGGGGUAGCUCCUGAAUUAUCUGCUCAACAAAAUAAAAAUGUUAAUCUCACAACUCAUGAAAGCUCAAUGAUUGGUGUUGACAUUGACCCUAAGAAGGGACUUUGCAACAAAAACUCUUUGGCCCAUCAAUAUUGUAUGGAACCCAUGGAAGAGAAACAUAAUGAUUUAUUGUCGAAGAAAAAGGAUGAUAUUGGUACGAGUGAAAAGUGAAAUGUGAGUGUCGUGAAAAAUGGCACAGCGAAGAAACCGUUCCCAACCGAGAUUCCAGUAGUAGUUGAUACUGCAGAGAAAGAUUCAAGCUUGGCACCAUUAUUUUGCAGAGUCAACAAAUCUGAUGAUGAAAGAUGGGAUGGUCAAGAGGAUUUGUCAACACCAGUAUCACUAGAUGGAUAUCACUCUUGUGUGAAGGAAGUGGAAACUACUAACCAUGUAAAUGCCAUAGCUGACAAGUCAAAUGUCCUGCCACCAGCUAAUUCAGUUAUUUUAGUUGAGUUCUGCAAAUGCAUAGUUUCUGAUGCUGUACUUACUUCAAGUGAUACUUUCUCAGCAAUAUCAAAUGAUUCUGUUGGCUUGGGAUUGAGCUAUCCAAUAAAGUUUCUGAAUCAGAAGAUUAUGUUUCCAUUGCAGAUUCUGGUUGUAGUUCAAGAGGCCUAACAUUCAUACAUGGUAGUGGCUGGAGCCCAAGUGGUGGCAUUUUACAUAUUGCGCCUAAUGAGUUAAGUCAAGUGGUUGAAGGGUAUACACCCUUGGCUUCUUGUCUGGGUGUUUUAGCUCGAGAUGGGAACCUUACGCCCUUUACCUAUAGAACUUGGAGCUAUGUAUUGAAGGAAAAUAAAGAGAGAAUUUGGAGAGAAGUAAAGGUUAAUACAAAUGCUCGUGAGUCGAUGCAGAAAAUUAUUUUGGCAUCUGUUAGAAAAAAAUGGAGAGAGUGGAAGUGUUGAGUUAAAAAAAUAGGGUAUAAGCCAUUCAACAAUGAUACUGAUAGGUUAACUUAUCGACCCGAAGGUGUACAUGACAUCAGUGGUGGAACUUGGUCUAUUAUUGGGGCACUCGGAAGGCACAGCUUUUGAUCUGUUCUAGUGGAGGAUCCUGCAACCAGUUUGCUCUGUUUCUUGCUCAGUUACUGCUGGAGUGCUUUGGAUGCUGCUGUUGCUAGUUUAAUUAGUGGCUGCUUCUAGUUUUGGAUUUAUUGGACGUAAUGCAAUGGAAUAUUGGUUUUAAGUGGACAAUUAAUAGACAAUCACCUUGACUCUUUGCAUUGCUGAUUAAUCCAUACUUUGCAGCACAAUCAUCCACAUAUGUUAGUGCAGCUUGUGGUCGCUCCGUUCUUAGUUGGAUCACUCUGUUCUUGAGCUGUUUAUUGAACUUUAUUGCAAUCUCAUUCUAACUUUUGGCACAACCAUUCUCAUCUAGAUACUCUGGCACUGGAUUAUGAACAUCACAGUGGUUGCUGGUAAACAUCCAAUUGGUCCUGUGUUAUGUACCCAGAAUGAUCUUGCCCCUUCUUUGUAUAAUUGCUGUCACAACACACCCGGAAAUUAAAAAAAAAAAAAAAAAAAUUUCAUGUUU